AUGGUAAUAUUAAAUUACAAGUACAUCAGUCGUGCUAUAAGAGGUCUCAUUGCUUUAGGAGAAUACGCUUUUCGGGAGUUCAUUCCAUAUAUUUAUAAACUCAAUGUCAACGAUAUACCCGAAAGUCUCUGGCGGGAUCUGGCGCCAGCUGCCAUAUUCCUAGGCGGACGAGACGACAUACAUUUGUACGAGUGGUUAGAAUUCGGCUGUGGAGCUGGAACUUUGCAGCCCUUUCUGGUUCACUUUGCCACUGCCUAUGAAAAGAUGAUCUCGAAGCGUUAUGUUCAGGCCAGACAGCCCGCGUAUAGACUCGAAGCACAGCCUGGCGUGCGUCGCUUGGAGUGGAGCACUCUGGCGGCAGCCAUGUGCCAUGGCGAUGAUCCCAGCAAGGCGCUCAAACCGAAGCCAACGUUAGCGGAGGCCUUUCCGGAACUGGUGCAGCCCAAUCUCAGACUGAACUGCGCCGGCACAAUCCGCUUCAAAUUCGCUGGCUGUCGUCCCGUAUUGCUGAAGCCAAAAGGCGUCGCUGCCGCUCAGUUUAUGGACUCGCCAUCGACCAACGGCGGCAGCGACAUCGUUCACUCCGAUAUACUCAUUGCCAAGCGGAAGCUCCUCAAGCCGCUGACGAAUGUCAAGCGUGUGGUGGCCACCAGUGGCUAUCACUUCCUGCGCAUCUGAGUCCGGGAAUAAUGCCUAUUUUUAAUUAUUAUUUAUAAACUGAAAAAAUUAAUUAAAAUUUAAUUUGUAUUUAAAAGUCAUAA